AUGGACCUUCAGGUGCGUCUCACCUGGCUGCUCCUGCUAAGCACCACUCUUCUCUCUGGACCAGCAAGUGGCACAGAGAGGAUCCCACCAUCUGGAGAUGAUGAAUCACUAUGGGACAAAGUUUCAGACUGGUUUAAACCCAAAGGACACCUGCGACUGGCAUCCGGAGGGGACCGCUGCGCCGGGAGGGUGGAAGUCUUCCAUGGCCUCAAGUGGGGCACGGUCUGCGACGAUUAUUUCAACAUGAACGCCGCCAAGGUUGUGUGCAGACAACUCAACUGUGGUGAACCUGUCUCUGUCCUGGGCCGUUCCUACUUUGGCCCCAGUAGGAAACGCAUCCUGCUGGAUGACGUGCGGUGCAAAGGGACGGAAGCUCACCUUUGGGACUGCAAGCACGCCGGCUGGGGCAGACACAACUGUAACCGCAACGAGGAAGUUGGCGUCAUCUGUUCAGAUGCGGCACACUCCACGGUUGCACCCUCAGCACCAUCAACAAAGGCCCAAACUUCCAUUUCUACAUCAACACUUGCCACAGAGAGCCCUGUUGUGACAUCUACCACAGAACCCCCAACUUCUGCUGACAAAGCUGUGUCUUCUGCAUCCACUGCUGUCAUAGAGGAUAUUGCCACAUCCCCUCCUGAAACCCCAGCCACAACUCAUGAAGCCCCCCCUGCUAGCACAGCUGCCUUCCUUCCUUCCCCCACCAUCACAGAGGAAAGACAGACAUCAGAAAUCCCAACUACCCAGCAGACAGCCUCUGAAAAUACUCCAGGAUCAAACUUUUCAACUGCCCCUCCUACAGAAGGCAGUACCUCAGCUCCAGAAAUCCUUUCCACAGUUGCUGUGCCAUAA